AGAAAUCGAUCGAGAACGCUCUCCUCACCAAUGGCGACUGAUCCGAUCACGGACUUCUCCCGGACCAAACGCGUCGUCUUCCUCAUAGACCUCGACCCGCUCCUCCGCCUCCAGAACGCCGACCAGUACCUGACCUCCGUCGUCUCCUCCGCCAAGACAAUCCUCUCCUUUCCUCCCCUCUCCUCCUCUCUGUUUUCCUUUAAGCUCUUCUUCUCCUCUCUCUCCCCUAUCCUCUCCUCCUCAAAGCUCCCCGCUUCCUCUCUCCACCUCUCCUUCAACGAUCCCUGUACCACUCUCCUAUCCCUCUCUCAAUGCCUAAGCUCGCUCCCAGAAUUCUCUCAAAGCUCCACAACCAUUUCUUCCCCUCGGGCCUUGAACAUUGCCGCCUCCCUGCGCCAGGUUUUGCAUGACUACACCUGGGAUCCCGUCAUCGUCGAAGAUAGCCUGUUAGGUACUUCCUCUCCAUGUAAUUCUGCUAUUAGGUCUAAUUUGGUUGUUCUAUUCUCUCCAAUCGGUAGAACUAGGGAUUGGGCGUCUCAGUUGAUUGGUGUAGAGACAGAAGAUGAGAUUUUGAGCAGCGUGGACCAAUUUGGCAGUAAAUUUUGUGGGGUUUUCAAGAAUGUGAAUAGUUCAUUUGUUAGUAAGGAUAUUCAUUGCAGCUGGGUCGACGUGAAAUAUGCACCCAAGUGUGCGGAACCUGAAGGGUUGGAGCUUGUUGUGAACGGGAUUCGGAGUUUAGGGUGGGGAUUUUGCUCAACUCAAUCCAUUUUUUUCGGCCCUAUGCUUGUGCCAUUUGGAUUGAUUUAUCCAAGUAUUGGUCUGCCUUCUAAAUUUUCCGGCUUCUGUGGCGCUCAGGCCAGAGUUCGUUCUAGUCUGGGUCUUGAGAUUACAGAUGUGGAUGGAAAACCUUUAGAAUGCAAGUUAUGUGGGCUACAAUUGGUUAGCCUUAAAAAUUCAGUUACGCUUAAGAAUAAUGAUCUUUUUCUAUGCGUGGAAUCUGGGAAUUCUCAUGUCGGGCCUCAUGUAGGAAGUGGUGCAUGGUUGGAACAGUUCAUGGGAGGCACAGUGAAGGUAGAGGCAGUGGAGAAGCAUGGAAAAUUUGCAGAGAUCAAAGAAUCAUCUUCAGAAAUGAUUCUUGUUCAGGAAUGUUCUGGCAAAUCUGAGAAAGAUCAAGAGGAUGAUGGUGGUAGUGAGUUCUUUGUAGAUGGGAUGCUCCAGUUACUAGCUUCUGAAAUGGGGGAGUUUGUGAGAAAAUCACCUCCAAUUUGGCAGAUUUUCUUGGGUUUCAUGUACAAAGAAGGCUAUUGGGCUCUGGUGUCACUUACAAAACCGGAUGGGGAUAGAUGCUUUGGUGUCCUUAAGCCAUUCAGUAUAUUCUCUGCUCUCAUCUCUCUUACCAAUGAGAAGCCCAAUUUGGAUGAUAUGGUGAAGAAUAUCAGAGUAGGUAGCAGAUUGCAGUUUAUUCAGAAAGUGGGCAACCAGAUUUCUGGAUCCAAAAAUGCUGUGCUUGUUGAGAAGAAUGGAUCCACUAAUCUCAAGGUUGAGCCUUCGGCUAAUAAAAAGAACGACAGACUUGUGUCUACGAAAAGCAAAAAGAGCCAUAGAACUUUGGGCUUAUUUCAGGAUCUAACAUGGAGCGAAUUUCAAAAAGUGGAACUUGAAGGUUUAGAUGUAAGAAUAGAUGAGUUAUACUUUGCCCGGGAAAGAAGGAACUCAAAGAAAUUGAAAUUCUUGAAGUGCUGGGCGAAACAGGUUAAGAGUUAUACUUGUUCUGGGACAUCCAUAACAGAUGGGCCCAAGCCACAAACAAAAACUCCCAAAGAGAUGGGAAAUGCAGCCGGGGAGGCACAUCAAGCAAGUGAACAGCCGAUUUCUGCAUCUGAUUCUCUGACAGCAGCUUCAAGGGUCCAGGGUGAAAUUGCCAUUGAUUGCGGUGUAGAAAACCCAGAAGAUGUCCUGAGGGAUAUACCCAAUAAGAUUUGGAAAGGACUCGAGUCCAAGGAGGUGGACUUGGGGAUUCUAGCACAACGACUUGUAAACAGUUCCAUUUACUGUUUAUAUCAGAAACCAGAGAUGAGGGACACAUCAGAAGGUCAGUUUCCUUCGGUCAAUGCUGAUGACGAUUGUUUGAACAAGGUUACUUCUGAAGUAACUGGACUUUUGCUGAGGGAAGCCAAGGACUUGUCUGAGAAGAACAAAAGUAGGGAUAUCUUGAGCCCGGCAAUGGAUCAAGACACAUUGGCAUGUGUAGUCCGAGAAUACGAAUUGCAGAUAUUAUUCCGAAUGGAAAUACUGCGGUCAGAAAUUUCAGCGGCCAUCAAGGAUUCUGUCAAGCAGAAGUUUAUAAAGCAAAUCUGCUCACUCUUAGAGUACAUACAAUCUCAUCUUGAGGGAUUCUUCAGUGAUUGGAGCCUUCAUAAUUACGUGGAGAAGAUCAUAAAGAGCAGGUAUUCUGGGGACCUCGAGGAGGUAGUGCACCAAAUUUACUCGAAAAUGGAUCUGCUGUUGUUUGACCAGGAGGAUGAUGAAGUGCCUAAUUCGCUACUCAACAGCGAGGAAGAAAGUGGUCAAUCCUGGAGAGACAUAACAGAGAAAGGUAACGGUGAGGUGGGCAGAAAUGGAGGUUUGAUCUCAGCUGAAAGUGAAUCCCAGCCCCGACCCCGAAAGAGAUUCACUUGGAGGAAUGAGGAGCGUGAUGAAAGAUUGAUCAAGGCCCGGGAGAGAAGGGAAAGGGCUCGGAGAGUUGCAUCAUAUACCAGUUGGGUACCCGAUUUGCAGAGAGUUUGGGCCCCGAAGCAGCAACUGAAUGCAACAAAGGCGAAGCCAGAGCCGUCUACUAAGCAGUCCAAGAGGAUGGGUAAGGGAAGUGUGGCACGAGACAUCGUUUGUGAGACUCCAUUGACCGUGAAUAAGCGGCCCUGCCUACAAAGGAAUGAGAGCCCUGAUCAGGAUUCGGUGGUGCACCGGAGCGGACCAAUUCCUAAGGCUUUGUUUCCGGUUGAUUAGGAAAAAACAGAGGCCAUAAUCAAUCAUGGAAUUGGGCUUCGGUGUUUAACUGUUCAUACUCAAGGAGCAACUAACUGCUCUGCAGUUCGGAGGCAAAUGUAAAGCACCAGUUAAUUUUACAAUGCCAUCUUUAAUAAUUAACAAUCCAAUUUAUUUUGUAUUGGACCAUUCAAAAUAAUUUUAUAAAAAAAAGUGAUUGUACCGUAAAA